GCUACGACCGCGACAAGCAGGCGUGGACCAUCAAGAGCGACUGCCACUCCGACACCGUCCGCCUCCACAUGGUCUACAAGGACAUCCACAAUGUGCCUCGCAACCACCUCAGGUACGUGUGCUGGACGGCGUACCUGCUGCGCUACCACGGCAAAUCCGGCCACGUGGAGCCGGUGCCGCUACCCGGGGCGCCCUUCAGCCACUACUACGCGCAGGAGCUCACCGACGAGGGCAUCAUCAUGGAGACUGACGUCACGGUCAAGGAGCUCCGAGAAGCAGGCUGCCCGUUCCUCACCGACAAAGGACAGCUGAAGGUGCAGGUGGAGUGGGGGGAGUGCUACCUGCUCUUCCAGUCCACGUACCACAAGUACGAUGACGUGUGCAGGAUACACAACUAUCAGAUGAGGAAGGAGAUCGCGGCGCUGCAGGCGGAGAACUACAGCCUGGAGCGCCAGCUGUUCAGCUACCAGAAGAGCAUCGCGUUCGCGCACUCGCGCGGCACCUACUCCAACGACCUGGCCGCCUUCGACGGCCGGGGGGAGGGCGAGGAGGACGACGAGGAGGAGGAGGAGCCGUACUUCGAGGAGCGCGCAUACUCGCUGGGCGACCGCAGCCUCUCCACCGACACGGACCCCCCCCAGGCGCGCUUCUCCUUCACGGCGCUGCUGGACGCGCUCGCGCAGUUCGUCUGCUCGCUGGGCAGCUUCGCGACGCGCGCCGCCAAGGCCGGCCGCCGCAAGGCCUACAUGUAG